CCCCACAAGCGAAAGGUGUUGCUCCCUAUGAUCGCCUGGGGAAACUUCACUUUCUACGCACUUUACGGCCUUUCUAUUUACAAAUGAUAGUUUAAUCAACACGGCGAAGACGACCCGGACCUUAUCUGCUAGAGGAGAACUGACUUACGCCCCAGACCGGGGUCUUCACAAGCCAGGAUGAGUUCUUUGAAGCAGUUCAUUCGGAAUGUUCGCGCGUCGAAAACAAUCGCCGACGAGCGUGCCGUGGUUCAGAAGGAGAGUGCAGCUAUCCGCGCGAGCUUCAGGGAGGAAAGCGGAGACCACAAUGUUCGAAGGAACAAUGUAGCCAAAUUAUUAUACCUCUUUACCCUCGGCGAGCGGACACAUUUCGGACAGAUCGAAUGCCUCAAGCUGCUGGCCUCCCCUCGAUUCGCGGACAAACGAUUGGGAUACCUAGGAACGAUGCUGCUUUUGGAUGAGAACCAGGAGGUUCUGACGCUCGUCACAAACUCCUUGAAGAACGACCUGAACCACUCGAACCAAUACGUUGUUGGGCUGGCUCUGUGCACCCUCGGAAAUAUUGCGUCAGUUGAGAUGUCAAGAGAUUUAUUCCCCGAGAUCGAGACCCUCAUUUCAACAGCGAACCCAUACAUUCGGAGGAAAGCGGCCCUAUGCGCAAUGCGGAUUUGCCGAAAGGUCCCCGAUUUACAAGAGAAUUUCGUUGAUAAAGCUGCCAACCUCCUUUCAGACCGCAACCAUGGCGUGUUGCUGUGUGGCUUGACCUUGGUUACCAGCCUUUGCGAGGCUGAUGAGGCCGAGGGCGGUGAGGAGGGAAUCGUUGAGAAGUUCCGACCGCUCAGUGGACAACUGGUACGGACUUUGAAAGGACUGGCCAGCUCUGGAUAUUCCCCUGAGCACGACGUUACAGGCAUCACCGACCCCUUCCUACAAGUUAAGAUUCUACAGCUCCUGAGGGUUCUGGGACACGGCGAUGUGCAGACGAGCGAGCAUAUCAACGACAUCCUGGCACAAGUCGCAACCAACACAGAUUCUACAAAGAACGUUGGAAACUCUAUCCUUUAUGAAGCCGUUUUAACUAUUCUCGAUAUCGAGGCCGACUCAGGACUUCGCGUCCUUGGUGUUAAUAUCCUCGGAAAGUUUUUGGCGAAUAGGGACAACAACAUCCGUUAUGUGGCACUCAAUACUCUUAUUAAAGUCGUGGCGAUCGAGCCCAACGCCGUCCAAAGACAUCGCAACACCAUUUUGGAGUGCUUGCGUGAUCCCGAUAUUAGUAUUAGAAGGCGAGCUCUCGAUUUGAGUUUCACGCUUAUCAACGAGAGUAACGUCAGGGUGCUCAUUAGGGAACUACUCGCUUUCUUGGAGGUUGCAGACAAUGAGUUUAAGCCGAUCAUGACUAGCCAGAUUGGUAUCGCCGCAGAUAGGUUCUCGCCAUCGAAGAGGUGGCACGUGGAUACGAUGCUUCGUGUUCUCUCGCUCGCUGGAAGCUACGUCAAGGAGCAGAUUUUGUCCUCGUUCAUCCGACUCGUUGCUACAACUCCAGACCUACAGCAAUACGUUGUGCAAAAACUAUACACUGCGCUAAGGAAAGACAUCACCCAAGAGGGCCUCACAUUAGGAGGAGCAUGGUGCAUUGGCGAGUUCGCCGAUCUCCUUCUGAAGGGCGACAACUACGAGGAAGCCGAGCUAGUCCAGGAAGUCAAGGAGGGCGAGGUGAUCGACCUCUUCUCGACCAUCCUCAACAGCAGCUACGCCACCCAAUCCGCAAACGAAUACAUCAUCACGGCCCUCAUGAAGCUCUCAACGCGCUUCACCGAGGCCGCCCAGAUCGACAGGAUCCGCCGCAUCCUCGCGGGCCACUCGCGCAGUCUCGACGUCGAAGUCCAGCAACGCGCAGUCGAGUACGGCAACCUCUUCGCGCACGACGCUAUCCGUCGCGGCGUGCUCGAGAAGAUGCCUCCGCCGCAGAUCAAGGAGGAAUCGCGCGUGCUCGGCGAGGCUACCAAGAAGCCCAAGAAGAGCGCGGCUGCUGCUAACCGCCGCUCCGCGCCCGCCAAGAAGAACGCCAGCGAGGACCUGCUUUUCGACCUCAUGGGCGAUGAUAGCGGUGCGCCACAGGCCGACCUAGGUGCCGCGAUGGUCGGCCAACAGAACACUGACCUCCUCGCUGAUAUCCUCGGCGGGACUACCUCGCUUGCGCCGUCCGCGAAGUCCGGCAGCAACGUCAACGACAUCAGGAACCUCUUCGGCGCGUCCAGCACGACAUCACCCAUCGUCCAAAACACCCCCGACAUGUUCUCGAGCAUGUCUCCCGCCCCAACGGCGCCAUCGCCACAACCCGCCGGCGUACUGCCAUGCUACUCCAAGAACGACCUCAACGUGACGCUGCAAGUGCAGCGCAACGCCGAGGGCGUGGUGCUAGUAACCGCGCGCUUCGCGAACGCGUCGUUCACGGAUAGAAAGUCCGGCGUUGGACUGCAGGCUGCGGUGCCGAAGACGCAGAAACUGGCGCUGAAUGCGAUUACGAGUGGGGAGUUGGGGCCGGGGCAGGAGGCGACGCAGAGUAUGCGGAUUACGGGGAGUAAAGGGCCGUUGCGGUUGAGGCUGAAGAUUUCGUAUGCUACGCCUGCGUUGGGGAGUUUGGUGGAGCAGGUGGAUUGGUCGGAGCCGAGGUAGAGUGGGUGAAGGAAUGGAAGGAUUGGAUGUUGCAUUGAGCGUUUUGAAGGGAUGGUUGUGUAGAUUUGGAUUUGGGGAUGUGCUGUGAGAGGGCAGGUGGGCAUGUCAAGAUGGUAAGGGAG